UCUAAGAUUAAACCCUCGGUCUCUCAUUCUUUUGGAUUCCGCCGGAGACGCGUUAUGCAUCGUUGCUUCGCCCUAAAAUCGACAGCAGCGGCGCUGGCGACAGUGAAUUCUCCAUCUUCAACACCGUCUGUACAAGGGACUGAAACCACCGAGAGUUCUAGAGAGGAGACGCCGGAGUCGUCGUGGUCGAGGUCGACAACUCAUUUCUCACCGACAUUCGACCUUACUCGGGAGUACACAUUCGCACUCCAGACCAAUUCCUACAAAGAGAUAUGGUCAAAGAUUCAUCAAAUCCACCACCAUAGCGGCGACCUGAGUACUCCGGACUUGUUGUCGCAGCUCCUCCAACCCAACCGAAGCUCCGUCGAAGAAGCCCUCCGAGAUGCCACACCGGGAAACCUCACUCGCCUCGCCUGUGCUUACUUCGAUUACAGCGAACACACCUCUAAUCUCUGCCUCCGCCUCCAUCGCAUUAUCGAUUGUGCCAGAUCCAUGUACGCCCCAGUUCACGAGCUCCUAGAGCAGCUUCCUCUGGACUUCGAUUUUAUUACACAAACCCAACAACAAUGCGACUGGGCUUUCGACGUUUUGCUUCAAUUCGAAUCCCUCGACAACCCUUUCCCCAACCCAGAUUCUAAUUCUAAUAGCUUUAACGACAUGCGCCGCUGCCUUGCUCAGAUGAAGCUAGAGCUCGACCUUCAUCUCCACAGAUCACGCAAGAAGAUCCGUCUCUUUCGCGGGGCCACCACUAGUUCCGCUCUCUGCCUCAUUGGUUUGACCGUGGGUGUUGCCGCAACUGCUGUCGGCAUUGCUGCGCAUGCUCUGGCGGUGGUCGUGGCUGGGCCCCUAUUCGCUUUCUUACCUAUUCACUUCACCAAGAGGGAGCUCCACCAUAUUGCGCAGCUUGAAGCUGCGGCCAAAGGUACUUACGUUAUCAACAAUGACCUCGACACCAUUGACCGUCUUGUAGCUCGCUUGCACGCUGCUGUGGAGAGUGACAAACUUCUAAUCCGCUUGGGCGUAGUGCGAGGGAGGGACAAAUAUCCUAUUCAGGAGGUGGUGAAGCAGCUCCGCAAGAACCAACCCAAUCUACUCCAUCAACUCAGAGACCUGGAGGAGCAUCUGUGUCUUUGCUGUGCUACAGUUAACAGAGCAAGGUCUCUCCUCGUGCGAGAGAUCCAUCUCCAGCAAACCCGUAAUUCCUGACUAACUUUGCAUACUUCUAAUGAAAAUUUUUCAUUUUUCUUCUGAGAUUUCUGAAUCUACACUGUUGUAUAGCUUAUUUGGGCAUUUUCACAAACAGUUAGGAGGCAAUGUUUCUUUCCCCAUCCCUUUCCGCUCA